CUGGUAACCGUUUGCUAAUAAAAUCCUCCAUUUUUAUGUCUCUUUACACUUCAGGUUGCAGCAAUUCUUGGGCUUCCUCUUUAUUUUUAUUUCGUUAACUUCACUUUAAUUAAGUUAAGUAGCUAGAGAGCUUGCAGAGAGUUGCAUAAAUGAAGUUUGGCAAGAGACUGAAGCAACAAAUACAAGAAACUUUGCCUGAUUGGCGCGACAAGUACUUGUCGUAUAAGGAACUGAAGAAGCUUGUUCGGUUAGUUUCUUCGGCUCCGCUGUUGAUGAGUGGAUCAAUCGAGAAUGGAAAAGCAGAGGCUGAGUUUGUGUAUUUGUUGAACAAUGAGAUCGACAAGUUCAAUGCUUUUUUCAUGGAACAAGAGGAGGAUUUCAUCAUCCGACACAAGGAAUUGCAGCAGAGGAUUCAAACUGUGAUUGAUGCCUGGGGACCAAACGGAAAUCAGCCUUCAGGAGCAGAGUAUAAAAACGAGAUGGGCAAGAUUAGAAAAGAUAUUAUCAAUUUCCAUGGCGAAAUGGUGCUUCUAGAAAACUAUAGCAAUAUCAAUUAUACAGGAUUGGCCAAGAUACUGAAGAAAUAUGACAAGAGAACUGGAGGAUUAUUGCGGUUGCCCUUCAUUCAGAAGGUGCUGCAACAACCUUUUUUUACAACCGAUCUUAUUUCAAAGCUUGUCAAGGAAUGCGAAUACACAAUAGAUGCUGUGUUUCCUGUAGAGGAAGAAGACAGAGCAAGAGAAGGAAGAGAAGCUAUAACAGUAGCAGAAGAUGGAAUUUUUAGAAACACUGUUGCAGCUCUGUUGACCAUGCAAGAAAUUAGAAGAGGCAGCUCUACUUAUAGUUGCUUCUCUUUGCCUCCACUCAACUUGCCAGACUCUGAUCUUAUUCAAUCAUUACAGCUCAACUCUCCCAUACCUAUUCUCUAGUUAAAUUGGAAUUUAUCAAAUAUAUUGCCAUGAUUAUACUGCAUGGUAGCCUUAGCAGCUAAAGAUUGUCUUAUUUUCUCCCUUUUCUUCUGGAAAAAAAGGUAAACAUAUUAACCAGAUGUAUCCAAUUUAUGGCAAUGCCUCUCUUGCUUGCCCAUCAUAGUAUGAUUGUGAUCACCACAAAGUUCAUCAAUAUUACUGUUUUCACAAGGUAUAAA